AUGGUGGUUAGCCAUGGUGCAUGGUGUUGGUAUAAAGUGGCAACUAUACUUAAAUCAAUUGGUCAUAAUGUUACAACUAUUGAAUUGGGUGCUUCAGAUAUCAAUUCAAAACAAGUGCAAGAGAUUCAUUCAAUUUCAAAAUAUUAUGAACCUUUGAUGACAUUUAUGGAAUCUCUUCCUCUAAAAGAAAAAGUGAUUCUUGUGGGCCAUAGUCUUGGUGGAGUAUCCACUUCUGUUGCUAUGGAAAAAUUCUCAAAUAAAAUCUCAGUUGUAAUUUUUGUUACUGCAUAUGUGCUUAGUCAAAAUCUCACCUAUCCAAAUCUUCUUCAAGAGGAUUUGACCCUUGCAUUGUCCUUGGUGAAACCCGUACCAAUUUAUAAAGAUGUUAACUUAUCGUUGAAAGAAACAACAAUUACCAACCACAAAAAUUCAAGGGUGUCUAAAAUUUUUAUUAUAAGCAAAAGAGACAAUUUGAUAAGAGAGGAUUUACAAAUGUGGAUGAUUCAGAAAAGUGCUCCAUUUGCUAAAGUGACAUUCAUAAAGAAUUCUGAUCACGUGGUCAUGUUCUCUCAACCAAAGAAGCUUAGUUCUUUUCUUCUAAAGAUUGCACAAAAAUACUAG